ACGCCCCUACAUCCUCCUUUGGUUCCGGUUCACUCCAAUAUGGCGGAGGUCGGUUGACAAUUAAUGAGCGGUGUUUUUAUUUACACCGUUACACGAAAAAAAAACUGCUUUUAAUGGAAGACGGUCUCAUUUUCCCUCGAAGAAAAUCUCUGUGGACGAAAAUAUUUCGAUUUUAAGAGGUAACAAUGACGAGUACCUUGGCUCCGUAUUUCGAUAAACUUCGUUAGUUUCCGUAAGGCGUUAAAAAGAGCCGAUGAUUUACAUGCGCAAACGUCAGCGGAGAUCAUUGAUAAUAUUCAGGAAGUGGAUUCCAACAGAGAUCAGCUUGAGAUUUUCCGGACUCCUUAGACUCUGACUGAGCAAUGGAGAAGUUUGGAAUGAGUUUUGGGGGCGGUCCCAAUAGGAAGGAACUGCUGGACACGAUUGAAGCCCAGAAGAAACAGCUGGUCCAGUACCAAACCCGCUUCAAGGAUGUGGUCCGGGCAUACAAGAGCCUUCUGAAAGAGAAAGAGGCUCUGGAGUCUAGUUUGAAGGUCUUGAGCGUGACCCAGGAACUAGACUCAAAUCAGCAGGGUCAGGAUACAGCCACCAAUGGCCCUGCUGCAGAAAUGCCAGAUGAUGGCUGCUCACUGCACAGUGAGGACAGUGUGGAUACGGCGGUAUCAGUGGAUACACCCAGCGAAACUGCAAGAGGAGAGCAGUCUGAGGAUGACCAGGGAGAACCGACCCUGCCUUCAGAGAGGGCGGAGGUUGAUGUCAGCAGCUCAGAGAGCAGCAGCAGCGUGGGACCGACUCCCGCCAAUAGUGCGGAGGCUGAUCGUAGAAUUGCUCAAUUAAAGAGCCAGCUGAGCACACUUACCGGUGCGCUAGCUACGGUGACUCAGGAGAAAUCUCGGAUGGAGGCAAACUUUCAGGCUGACAAGCGGCAGCUGAAGCUGGAGGUGGAGGAGCUGCAGGAGCACCUGCGGACCCUGACCAAGCAACAGGAAGCGGAGCUCCGUGUCCUGCAGCAGCAGCUCAACGAGAGCCGUGCCCGCGUCAUCACGCAGCAACACGACAGGGAGCAGGAGCAGGUGGACCACGUCCAGCAGCUACGAGAAAUCCAGAAACUUCUGCAACAAGAGCGAGACCUGAGGCAGGAUGCAGAGCUCCAACUGCAAGACACCAACGCUACCCUAAUGGCAACAACACAGGUAGUAGAGCGAGGGGUGGAGUAUGAAACGCAACUGAACCAGCUGAGAGAGGAGAAAGAAGAGCUGAAGAGGAGGCUGGAGGUCGCAGAGGAAGAUCAGAAAAAAAAAGAUCCCAGAGUGGAUGAGUUGAGGCAGGAGCUGGCGCAGGUUAAAGACAACCUCCAGAAGCAGAUCCAAGCUGAGACCAAGAAGGCGUGUGACAUAGAGGAGCGUGCUCGUGAACGUGCUGAGUCGGCAGAGGACAGGGUCGCAGGUCUGGAGCAGCGGAUCUCGGAAUUGUCUGAGCUGCUGGGUUCUUGUGAGAAGGCAAGGCAACGGGACCAGCAGGCCACUCAGAGACUUCGAGACAGAAUCUUGCAGCUGGACACCGAAAACAAGACACUGGCCAUCGCUGCUUCCAACAGGUCGGCCUCCGACCUCAACAUAGACGAAUCACAGCUGGAUGUCAGUGUGCUUAAGGAGAAGCUAGAGAAGGUGAAGAAGCUGCUGCUUAUUGCCGUUCAGAAGAACCCAGAUCAAAACCUGAGAAACUUGGAGGAGAGAGAAUCAGAGCUGGACGGUGACCGAACCACUCCGCUGGUCUACCAGCAGGAGCUGAGGCAGCUGAAGGACGAAUUUGAGCGGUACAAGCUGCGGGCACAGGUGGUGCUGAAGAACAAGAACACUAAAGACGGUUGCCAGGCCAAAGAGCUAGAAGAAAUGCGUGACCAGCUGUCGGAGCUCAAGGAGAAGUACAUCAACCUGCGGAUCCAGAGUGAUGACGCCAAAACACAACACUGUCACGAGCUGGAGGAGCGUCAACAGGCGACAGCGCUGCUGCAGCAGAGCCACAAACAGGAACUGGAGCGGGUGGAGUCUUCGCAUCGUGACGAGCUGCUGAGAAUGGAGGCGGAGCUACACAAACAAAGAGAGCGGGCCAUGGCGCUGAUCAAUGAGAAAGACCAGGAGCUCGAGAAGCUCCGCACACUUGUGCUCGGACGUUCCAAUGACUACAGCGUCACACACGAUGACACUGCCGAGCCGGAGUCUGAGGCUGACAUUGUGGGUCUGGCGCUUCAGCGGGUCACUUCCUCUGAGCCCACGCUGCUUCUAUAUGCAGAACAGCUGGCAAGGAUGGAAGUGGAGCUUGGAAGCCUGCGGCGCCAGAAAAACCGCUUGGAGGAGGACCUCCACCAGUUGCAGGCACGGCUAAUCACUAACGCAGAGCGCCACGACGAGGAAGUGAUUGAGCUGCGAGAAAAACUAGACAAACUGAUAAGAGACCAAAAGAGGGAGGGCGCCAACUUGGAGUACCUGAAAAACAUCACAUAUAAGUUCCUAACGCUGCAGGACCCCAGCGGGAAGCACCAGACGCUGAACGCUAUCCUCACAAUCUUGCACUUCAGCCCGCAAGAAAAACACCAUGUACUCAAGCUGCAGGGGGCGCCGUGGUGGGCCAACAAAAGAUAAAGAGUCCAGCAGAGGGCACCAGAGGGCAUUUUUACCUGCACAAAGUAAAAAGAAAAAACAACCCCUGGGCAAAAGACCUGAGUUGAAUAAGCUGCAGUGUUGUGUUGGGUGGUGUGGUUAUCUGUAGUCACUGUGUCCAGUAUGAUGCUCAACACCAACCUCAUUUAUUUCUCUUUACCAGUUGGCACACAUUUGUAGCCAGCUUUGUCAUGAACACUACGUUAUAUUCAGCCAAGACUACAGCAAGGAUGGUUGUCUUUGUCAUCUGGCUGCAAUGAGACCCUUCUCCUGCAGGGGGCACCAUCAAGGACCAUGAAAAGAAGAAUAAGUGGUUAUGAGGCUGAAGUGGGCACAGCUUGGUGUAGGAUAUAUACACCCUACAUAAAAACCAAACAGUUUAAAGAGGUAAUGACUCCAGUGUGUAAAAUGAUGUAUAUUUUUGAUGCACCUAUUAAAAAUAUUUUCCUGGA